CACCAUAUGUGAGUGUCUCAAGAAUUAACACGUAGAAAUGAGAUUAUUUAUAUGAGGGUGUUGUGUAUUGAAGGCACUACCGUAUCCCUGACCAAGAAACCAAUGGACUACAACAGAGAAACAAGCUAGUCACUGGAUCUACACGAGCAGGAAUGUCACCCUUAGCACAGUAUACACUGCUGUAGAUUGUAGGUUCAAAUCUCUUGUAACUUACUGAACAAUUUAUCCCCCGGCCACCCCAUUCCAUCGCCAUGACAACCACCUGUAUCGGGAAGUUCUGGGCUGUGACGUCAUUCCUAGCCUCCGCCGCCAUCGCUGUCGGUUAUUAUUUCCCUUACUGGCUGCAAGGGAACUUCGUCACGUUCGACGGGGCGGAAUUCCCGAUGUACUUCGGGAUUUUCCGUCGCUGCACCUACCCCCAACUGCAGGCCGAUGGCACCGUGGGGGUGGUGGAGGAGUGCGGGAGGUACUCGACGUUCAAUGACAUUCCCUCCAUCUUCUGGCAGAUUGGCACUGUGACUGUUGGCACUGGCGCGUGUCUGUCACUGCUGCUGUCACUGACAGCACUGGUCUCCCUCUGUGUGCGUGACAUCAUCACGGUGAGGCUGGCCAGGUUAACUGGCGUCAUGCAACUGUGUGCAGGUUUGCUUGUGGGUGGGGGUGUGGCCGUCUACCCCUACGGGUGGGACACGUCCCAGGUGCGACAAGUGUGUGGAGAGGACUCGGACAUUUAUAAGCUGGGUAACUGUUCUUUCUACUGGGCCUUUUACCUGACGGCCGUGGGGGGAGGGCUGACCAUCCUCUGCUCCACCCUGGCAUGCCACGCCUACAAACACAAGAUGGGGACACGGGCCAUCUAUGACGUCUGAAUGGGCACGGGCCAUCUAUGACGUCUGAAUGGGCACGGGCCAUCUAUGACGUCUGAAUGGAGGAGAUCAAACAAUUAUUAACGGCUAGACACUAGUCAGGCGCCAGGGGAUUUACACGGUCUAUAUACAAGUUUUAGGAUCCCGACAAAUACAUGAUGUCUAAUUACAAGUUAGGAUCCCGACAAAUACAUGAUGUCUAAAUACAAGUUAGGAUCCCGACAAAUACAUGAUGUCUAAAUACAAGUUAGGAUCCCGACAAAUACAUGAUGUCUAAAUAAAGUUAGGAUCCCGACAAAUACAUGAUGUCUAAAUACAUGUUGGGAUCCCGACAAAUACAUGAUGUCUAAAUACAAGUUAGGAUCCCGACAAAUACAUGACGUCUAAGUAAAGGAUCCCAAAGAAUGUGUUGUCUUCACUCACAUUAGGACCCGACAGCCUGUAUGACAUCUUACUUCAGGUUCACUUACCUGGCAAAUUGCGCUAUUUAUAGUACCUGCGAUUCUAGCUUGACCAGUCCGGCACUAAUGGCCAACAAAUCGUCGACACAAAUACUGUUAGCAGAUUGAUAUUAUCUAUUGUAUUGAUUGUUUAGAUUGUGAUUUUGAUUUGUGUGGAUUAAGUGCAAUGAAAAACUUAUAACGAAAUCUCAACAAUUUUGAAAAAAAAAGUUUAAUGCAAAACGAUUUAAGCUUCUUUUGAAAUCAACAGGGGUAGAUUGAUUGACGACUACAACAGAUAAUUUAUUUAGUUUUGGUAUCAAAUUUUUGAAAAGUCAGUGUCUGUUAAAAGAAUUAAUUUUUUUUUAAAAAGUAAAUAUAUUUGAAUUAGCAGUGAAAAUAAAUGAUGAUUGAAAUGUAGCGAUGGUCGCAGUAAAAUGUAAGAAAUGUGGUGUGCCUGACUCACGUUAGGAAAAUUAAAGGCGACUGGGGUUUGUACUGAUGAUAUGCCAAAAACAAUUUAAACAGGUCAACUCUAGUUCACCUGCACCGUGGUGUAGGAUCCACGUAACAAAAGGCUUAUCGUUAACCGCAUGGUCAAAUUAGAAUUAAAUUUCCCUUUUCAAAUGAUGUGAUAUUGUUGAACUAAUAGAAAGGAUAAAAUAAUUAUAUUUUUGAAUUAUUUAUAAAGCUUGUCACUCGUAACAAAGUCGUACGCCAAAUUAAUAAAACUAUUUAUAAACAAAUACCGCCGAGCGGAAAUAGAUUAUCAAUGUAUAUGAAAAUGUAUUCGCUUUGUACAUAUAUAUGUAUAUGUAUUGAAUAUGAAAUUGUAUACGUUAAUCUACAAACUAAAUGGCAAGUUAUACAUUGUUUUCUACAUUAAUUGUCGUACAGUGCUGUUAAAUUACAUUUUAUGUUUGGUGUCUUGUAAAU